UGCUGACACCGCAGUGAUUGUCAAAAAAUAGCAAAAUGGCGGCGUCGAGACGGCUGCAAAAGGAAUUGUCAGAUUUGAGGGCGUCCGGACUGAAAGCCUUCAGAGACAUUGUUGUGGAUGAGACGAAUAUCCUCGUGUGGACAGGAUUAAUUGUUCCGGACAAUCCACCAUACAAUAAAGGUGCCUUUCGUAUUGAGAUCAACUUUCCGGCAGAGUAUCCAUUUAAACCACCAAAAAUCAGCUUUAAGACCAGAAUCUAUCAUCCAAACAUCGAUGAAAAGGGUCAGGUGUGUCUGCCGAUAAUCAGUGCAGAAAACUGGAAGCCAGCCACAAAAACUGAUCAAGUGAUUCAGGCCCUCAUUGCCCUGGUGAAUGACCCUGAACCUGAACAUCCGCUUAGGGCUGAUUUGGCUGGAGAGUAUCUCAAUGAUCGGAAAAAAUUCAUGAAAAAUGCCGAAGAUUUCACGCGGAAAAAUAGUGAAAAACGACCAACAGGAUCCGACUAAGUUCUCGGCUGGGCGCCCCUCCCAAACAAUCCCCCCAAAAAUACAAAAAAGAAAAAAUUAAAUGAGGAUUCUCUUCCAUUUUCUCUCCUUCAAUUUUCUCCCAAUCAUUUUUUAUUUAUAAUUUUCUCUUCUUUUUUUUUUAGUCAAUUUGUGCGUGAGUGUGAGUGUAUCACACGAAAAAUAAAACAUAGAUGCGAGAGAUAAGAAGCGAGAAAUUUGUAUUUUUUUCCUCCUAUAUUUUCUAUUCUUUGAUAUUUCUGAGUCAAAUGGCGAGAGAAAAUGAAUAUUUUUGAAUUCAAAAAUAUAUAUUUUAUUAGAAUGAGAAGGCAAAGAGAGGAAUAAACUAAUGUACACAGUUGUAGAAUAAACUAAUUAAAAAAUAAAUAAAAAACAAAGAAGAAAACAGCGCGAAGGCGAAAUAAAGAGAAUUAGUGGAAAUAAAGAGAAAAAAAUGGGUGAAGUAGAUGAAAGAACAAGUGACGAGAAAGAAAAUAUCUAAUGCAUUAAAAAAAUAAUAAAAUUAACGUGAUUAUUUUCAAUCGAGCUGAGAGAUUGAGAAAAGAAAUUUGUUUUUGAAAAAUUUUGGGGUGGAAGAUCACCCUCAUUAGCGUCUUUUGAGGAGGUUCCUGUUGCACAAAUGGCCAAAAAUAUCCCACUUGGGAUUCCCAAAGAAGCAACAGGAGCCUCAGCAGUCCAAAAAUGUAACAUUUUCACCCAAAAAAUGCAUUUAUUAGUCGAAAAAAUCUGAAGAAAAAUUUCAAAAAUUCAAAAAAUACGAAAUUUUCCAAUAAUUUCAUGGCAAUUCAUCAAAUUUGGCUCUAUUAUUUAACAAAAAAACCAUCUCUCAAUAAAUUAGUUGAACAAUUUCACUACA